AUGGGAGGUGUUAGAUUGACUGCCCCAGCGGGAGUGAUUACAGACGGCCCGGGGAAUUACAGUGUGAGCACGGCCUGCUCUUGGCUGAUAUCGCCACCGAGGCUCGGGCCCACGCCGCCCCCUAUACGUGUGAGGUUGGAGAGUUUCGCGACGGAGUGUGGGUGGGACCAUUUGUAUGUUUAUGAUGGAGACAGCGUACGGGCCGAGAGGCUCCUGGCUGUGUUCAGCGGAGUUAUAGAGAAUGGCGAGUCGGGAUGGACCCGACAGGUUGUAGCGCGAUCUGGGAGCGUGCUGAUACAUUUUUUCUCUGACGACGCGUACGCGAUGGAGGGGUUCAAUGUCACGUAUGCUGCAUAUUCCUGCCCCUCCAACGACCAUCGAACGAAUUGCUCCAACCAUGGAGAAUGCGAAGAUGGUGUUUGUAAGUGUGAGCCGGAUUGGGUCGGUGUGGCCUGUGACGAGCUCCUAUGUCCAGACGAGUGCAACUUGGCGUACGGUGCGGGCGAGUGCACGGCGGCGGGCUGCGAGUGUGUGAGCGGGCGCGCGGGCCCGGCGUGCGAGCGGGACAGCGCGCGCGCCGGUUGGGCGUGGCACUGGCGCGAGCCGCAAGACUCGCGCCCCGCGGCGCCGCCCGCCCUGCCCGCCGCGCAUGCGCUACCAGCCCCGCCCCCCGCCGCCGCGCACUCUCUGCUCGUUCUCGGACCAGACUUACUUCGGGUCGGUGGCGAGACCUUCGCGCCUGCACACUUCCUCUACAGGUACAAGACUGCUGAAAACAAGUGGUAUCCAAUGCUCCCAUUAGACGAAGGCUCUCCAAAUCCACCUUCCCGAUUCGCCCACUCUGCUAUUAUGUACGGGGACGAGAUCAUCGUGUACGGAGGAGUGGUUGCUUCAGAUGAACCUGAGAGAGGAGGGGGUCUCGCUGGACUCGAGGGAAGGGCUGGCGAGGUGACGAAUGAACUUUGGAAGGGCAGGAUACAAGACAACACCGUCGUAUGGACGAACGCUACACCAGUAACCUGUUCGCCGCAUCGACCUGCACCAUUGAAACACUGCGGAGGUCUUAACUUAUCUGGCCACACCGCAGUACUAGCUUACAUAGGGCCCACACAAAAGCCGGUUAUGUUGGUUUUCUUCGGACAUUCGCCGCACUACGGAUAUAUGCACAUAGUGCAGGAGUAUUACAUAGAAGAGGGCGCGUGGGCGGGAGCGGUAACUCGAGGCUGGUCAGCCCGCGCCGGCUUCGGACACUCAGCAGCCUGGGACACACUGUCGCGGCGAGUCUACGUGCACGCCGGCCUCGUGUCCGAGUCCGAGGCGGCGCAGGCACCGUCGUCUGCAUUAUACGAAUACGACGUAGAAACCAAAGUAUGGAGGCCGCUUCCAUCUGCACCGACACCUAGAUACUUACAUACGGCGACAUUCGUCUCACCUGGCAUUAUGCUGGUCUUCGGGGGCAAUGCGCACAACGAUAGCGCCGCGGCCAUCGUGGCCAACCCUGCCGCUUCAAAGUGCUACUCGGGCGGCGCCUUCUUGUACGACGUCAGGUGCGGGCAAUGGCUUGCAGCUCCAGAGGUGCGCGGCGCGGCGCGCGCUGCGCACGCGGCCGCCCUGCUGCCGCAUCGCGACCGACCCGCUGUGCUCAUAUAUGGCGGGUUUGACGGACGGCUGCGGUCGGACGCGCUGUUGUUUACCGCGGGCGAGGCGUGUGGCGCGCUGCGCGACGCGGAUGCCUGCCUGCGCGCCGCGCACACUCACGCGCGUGCCUGUGCCUGGCGUGCGCACGACCGCCGCUGCCUGCCCUUGGAGGAAAUUGGUUGGUCAAAAUCGUUUGAUGGCACUGUUAAAACAUGCGAAGUUGAACCGGUGUUUGACGAGAAGCGAUGCUCGUCCGCGGAGUGGUGCGACGCGUGCACGGCAGCGGGCUGCGCAUGGUGCGGCGCCUGUUACUCGUCCGCGCAGUACUGCCUGCGCCACACGCACCAGAUGGCGUUGUCCCUGGAGGAGUGUGGUGCUGCGGGUGCCGAGCCGCCACGUGACGCCUGCGCGCGCUUCCACUCCUGCACCGCCUGCCACGCGCACCGACACCACCAUGCACACGGGAUAGAUGACGUAAACCAGCGCGCCUGCUACUGGGACUACGACACCGUCAAAUGUAAACCGGCGAACUCGUCGGAUGACAUAAGGAGCGUGUCUACUGGCGGCUGCAGUGCUCCGUGCGCCACGUACACAACGUGUGCCAACUGCACCGCGGAGGAGUGCAUCUGGUGCGCAUCAGCCGGCCGCUGCGUUGACAAGCUUGCAACAGGCUUAUUGGUUGUUACGUUCACAGAAUGCGUAUGGUGCGUCAUUCCCGCUGGGCGGGUGCCGCGCGUGGUCGACGGGCGCGUGUGCGGGUGGAGCACCGGGCGCGGCGGGUGCGGGGGUGGCGUGAGUGCGGUGGGGGGCGGCUGCAGUGCGCACGCCGGUUGCGCUGCGUGCCGCGCGGAGCCCGCGUGCGGCUGGUGCGACGACGGCGAAGGAGGCGGCCGCGGUGCCUGUCUGCCCGGUGGCCAGCGCCGGCCGCACCAGCCACACAUCUGUCCGCAGCACAGGUCGGUGCGAUACUGCCGCGUGCAGUGCGGGUGUAGCGCGGCGGCUGCGAUGCGCGCGCCGGCUGCGCAGCGUGCCGUUCGGUGGCCGCGUGUGGCUGGUGCAAUGAUGGCAACGGCGGCGGCCUCGGCACCUGCCUGCCCAUCGGCCAGCGCCGCCCGCACCAGCCGCACGUCUGCCCGCAGCACAGGUCGGUGCGAUACUACCGCGUGCAGUGCGGGUGUAGCGCGGCGGCUGCGGGGAGGCGGGGGGGGGGGGGGUGGCGGCGGCUGCAGCUUCGGCGCGCACGCUAGCUGCGCUGCGUGCCGUGGGGCGAUCGUGUGCGGUUGGUGCGACGACGGCAAGGGCAGUGGCCGCGGCGCCUGCCUGCCCGUCGGCCAGCACCGCCCGCACCAGCCGCACGUCUGCUCUCAGCACAGAUGGCACUUCACGCGGUGCCCGCUGUGCCAGUGCAACGGACACGCCGUGUGCGACGCGUCCGCGCGCUGCAUCCAGCCGUGCAGCGGCCGCGCGGUCGGCGAGCACUGCGACACGUGCGCGCCCGCGCACUGGGGCAACCCGCUCAAUGGCGGAGUGUGUCAACCGUGCGAGUGCAACGCGCAGGCGGUGUCGUGCGCGGCGGACACGGGCCGCUGCCACUGCAGCACCAAGGGGCUGGCGGGCGACCGCUGCGACAAGUGCGACAACACCAACCACUACCACGCGGACCUCUACAACAAGGGCGCCUGUUACUCAUCAAGGGGCUGGCGGGUGGCCACUGUGACAACACCAACCACUAUCACCUGGACCUCUACAAUAAGGGCGCCUGCUACUGUGAGUCCUCCCACACACUCGCGGACAACUACAACGGGUCGCUGCCACUGCAGCAUCAAGGGGCUGGCGGGUGGCCACUGCGACAACACCAACCACUAUCACCUGGACCUCUACAACAAGGGCGCCUGCUACUGUGAGUCCUCCCCCACACUCGUGGACAACUACAACGGGUCGCUGCCAUUGCAGCAUCAAGGGGUGGCGGGUGGCCACUGCGACAACACCAACCACUAUCACCUGGACCUCUACAACAAGGGCGCCUGCUACUGUGAGUUCUCCCCCACACUCGCGGACAACUACAACGGGUCGCUGCCAUUGCAGCAUCAAGGGGCUGGCGGGUGGCCACUGCGACAACACCAACCACUAUCACCUGGACCUCUACAACAAGGGCGCCUGCUACUGUCAGUCCUGCCCCACACUCGCGGACAACUACAACGGGUCGCUGCCACUGCAGCAUCAAGGGGCUGGCCGGUGGCCACUGUGACAACACCAACCACUAUCACCUGGACCUCUACAACAAGGGCGCCUGCUACUGUGAGUCCUCACCCACACUCGCGGACAACUACAACGGGCCGCUGCCACCGCGGCACCAAGGGGCUGGCGGGUGGCCACUGCGGCAACACCAACCACUAUCACCUGCACCUCUACAACAAGGGCGCCUGCUACCACGAUCUAGCCGUUGACUACCAGUUCACCUUCAACUUGUCGAAGAAGGAAGACCGGCAUUUAUCAGCAAUCAACUUCCGGAACGCGCCAGUGAAACCGGAUGUGGAUGCGGAUUUCAGCAUAACGUGUUCUGCGCACGCUCGAAUGAAUCUCACUGUGCGAACACGAAGCGAUCCUACAGAGAGAACGCUCUUUAGCGACGUAAACUGCACCAACUUUCGCUAUAAGCCGUUCCACUACAGAUUCGCCAAAUCAGAGCAUGCGUUCGGCGUAGAAGACAACGUCACGCUAACGACCUUCUUCGUCUACGUGUACGACUUCCGACCGCCAUUGUGGAUACAGAUCUCGUUCUCGCAGUACCCCAAGUUGAAUCUGCAGCAGUUCUUUAUCACGUUUUCUUCCUGCUUCCUGCUGCUGCUGCUUGUUGCUGCCGCGCUUUGGAAGAUUAAACAGAAGUACGAUAUUUAUAGGAGACGUCAGCGGCUGUUUGUCGAGAUGGAACAGAUGGCAUCUAGACCGUUUAGUCAAGUGUGUGUGGAGUUAGAAAAGGGAGGCGGGGGCGGCGGCGUGCCGGCGCCGGUGGCGCUGGAGCCGUGCCGCGGCGGGCGGGCGGCCGUGCUGUCGCUGCUCGUGCGCCUGCCCACCGGCGGCACGGGCCGCGCGCCUCCGCUCGGCGGCCUGGCCGUCGCCUCCGCGCUCGUUACGCUCGGUCACCACCCGCCGCCGCCCGCCAAACGCCGCCGCCGCUGA